AUGGCGAGUUAGUGUAGUAAACAAAAGGAGAAUACAUUAUUAUUAACCUAAUAUAUAAAAUAUAAAGAUAUAAAGCCCUUUAAAAUAUAAUAUUAUCAAGACGAUGAAAUGAUUCAACCAAAAAAAGAUAAGUAAAAAUAAAUAGCUAAAUAUGAUUUAAAUGUGUAUUUACAAUUCGUAAUAAAAACUUAAUAUAAAAAGGUCAAACUAAUCCCUGAAAAAGCAUAAUACUUACCAGGAAUUGUAAGUAUAAAAGCAUAAGAUUAAACUAUUACUCAAAAUCCUGAAAAUUAAAGGGUUGGAGUAGAUUUGGUAUAUAAUAAUUUUAAUUUAUGUUAGAUUUGUUUAAUUGAUAAAAGUGGAAGUAUGAUUGAAGUUAAAAUUCAAAUGGUUAAAUAAUCUUUAAUUGUUUUACUUUAAUUUUUUGGAGAUAACGAUAGACUACAAUUAAUAACAUUCGAUAAUGAUGCCCAUAGAUUAACACCAUUAAAGAGAGUAACAAAACAGAAUAAAAUUUAUUUUACUUAAAUUAUUCAAUAAAUUCAGACAAAUGGAGGUAAUAGUAUUCCAGAAGCUACUAAAAUGGCAUUUUGCUNUAACAUAAAUUAAAAUUAUUAUAUACCAAAUCUACUCCAACCCUUUAAUUUUCAGGAUUUUGAGUAAUAGUUUAAUCUUAUGCUUUUAUACUUACAAUUCCUGGUAAGUAUUAUGCUUUUUCAGGGAUUAGUUUGA